UGUCGGAGGACAGACAGACGCCGGUGGCUGCUGUGCACUAUCCCGGCGCUGAGGCGCACACGGAGCCGUGCCCGCGCAGCGCGCUGCUGGACCCAAGCCGGCGGCACCGGACCGCGUUCACGCGCGAGCAGCUGUCCCGGCUGGAGCAGGAGUACAACACGGAGAGCUACGUCUCCAGACCCCGCCGCUGCGAGCUGGCCGCCGCCCUGAACCUGCCGGAGACCACCAUCAAGGUGUGGUUCCAGAACAGGCGGAUGAAGGACAAAAGGCAGAGACACUCCUUGCCGUGGCCCCACCCUCUCGUGGACCCCCUGGGGGCGCUCCUGAUGGGCCGCGCCUCCUCCGGCCUGCCGUACCCCUUCAUCCCACAACACCUCCCACACCUCCCCCUCCCCAGUCACUACCCCCUGGCUCUCUCCUCACCCUCGGCCCACAGUCGCUACAAUGUGCCCAUGAGGACCCUGGACGCACUCCGCCUCUCCCAGUACCACCACAGAGCGGGGGGGCUGCCUCCAACACAAACAGUCCUCUACCCCUCCAGCAGCAUUGUGCACCACCCUGUCUCCUGCCCCUGCCUGCUGUGCAUGAACUGGGGACCAGAACACCUGCUGAAGGCCAGGGGGGAGGCGCUCGGACUGAACCGGCCCCGGAGUCCCAAGGUCCAGCCAGCAGGUCUGGAGCGGAGAGAAGAGGUGGUGUAAAAGAGGACAGAAACUACCUCACCAUCCUAGGCGGUCAAACUGCUGUCGGAUAAGGAAGUAGCAG